AUGGGAGACUUCAACAACGAUACCUCGCUAGAUAUUGUUGUUGCCAAUUAUGCUGCUGACAAUAUAGCCAUAUAUUUUGGACAUGGUGAUGGUACUGUGGCAAGUCCAGUCAUGUUUUCAACUGGUUAUGGCUCUGCUCCGUACAUGAUUGCUGUUGGUGAUUUCGACAACGAUCAGCGACUCGAUAUCGCCGUCGCAAAUUUCGGUACUAAUAGCGUCGGUGUAUUUCUUAGAUUUCAAAAUGGAUCUUUUGCGAACAAAACAACUCUAUCUACUGCAUCAUCUCGGCCCGUUUGGAUCCAUAUAGCAGAUACUAAUAAUGAUGCAAUAUUAGAUAUUGUCACUGCUAACUACGGCACACACAGUGUGACUGUAUUUUAUGGAUAUGGAAAUGCAAGUUUUUCAGGGUCAAGCACAUUCUAUACAGGCUAUGAUGCUUUCCCGUUAGCGGUUGUUAGUGGCGAUUUCAACAACGACAAACAUAUGGAUCUUGCUAUCGCCAAUUAUGGUACCAAUAAUGUCGGUAUCAUGCUUGGGGUUAGUAACGGCACUUUUGCAAGCCAAAGCACAUUCUUAACUGGUCCCCAUUCUCACCCAUACUCGCUUGCCAUCGGUCAUUUAAACGAAGAUGACAUGCUAGAUAUUGCUGUCACUAAACAUGGAAAUAACAGUGUAGGUAUACUUCUGGGUCACGGUAACGGAACUUUUAUGAGCCAGGUGACGUAUUCCCUCGGUGUUGCUUCUCCAUAUGCUAUUGGCAUUGGUGACUUCAACAACGACAAUCGAAUGGAUUUAGUAAUCACCAAUAAUGGUUCUCACAAUAUAGCUUUACUUGUCGGAUAUGGCAACGGUACCUUUGCGAGCCCAACCAUGUAUUCAACUGGAUCUUCUUCAUCAAUCUCCGUUACCAUAGGUGACUUGAACAAAGACAAUCGCUCAGACAUUGUCUUCAUCAGCAAUGAUACAAACACCAUAGGCAUUAUGGUUGGCUAUGACGAAUUUUUUCCGAUUCAAAAGACGUAUUCAACUGGCAGAUCGCCAUUCUCUGUAGCAGUUCGUGAUUUUAAUAACGACACUCACCUGGAUGUCGUUGUCGCUAAUUAUUAUAGCAAUACUGCAAGUGUCCUUCUUGGAAAUGGCGAUGGCUCUUUGGCAAAGCAAACGCAAUAUUCCACUGGCUCCUCGCCCGGGUUUAUAACUGUUGGUGACUUUAACCACGACACUCAUCCGGACAUCGUUGUGGCUAAUAGUGGAGACCGCACUGUAAGUGUUCUCCUCGGAUAUGGUAAUGGCUCCUUUGCAAAUCAAACAAAAUAUCCAACUGGCAUUCAGCCAUUCUCUGUAGCUAUUGAUGACUGUAAUAACGAUGCCAAACUUGAUAUCGUCGUAGCCAAUACAGGUGAUAACACUGUAAGUGUCCUUCUUGGAUAUGGAAAUGGCUCUUUUGCAAAUCAAAUAAAAUAUCCAACUGGUUCUGGACCAGUCUCAGUAGCUAUUGAUGACUUUAAUAAUGACGCCUGUCUGGAUAUCGUCAUUGCUAAUUACGAUGACAGCACUAUAAGUGUCCUUCUUGGAUAUGGUAAUGGCUCUUUUGCAGAUCAAAUAACAUAUUUAACUGGAUCUUCACCAGAGUCUGUAGCUGUUGGUGACUUUAACCACGACACUCAUAUGGAUGUCGUUUUUACUAAUUCUCUUGACGACACCGUAAGUGUUCUUCUCGGAUAUGAUGAUGGAUCUUUUGCAAAUCGAAAGACGUAUUCGACUGGCUCUAAACCAGUGUCAGUAGCUGUUGCUGACUUCAAUAACGACAUCACACUUGACAUCAUUACCGCCAAUUUUGGUGGCAACACUGUAAGUGUACUUCUUGGAAAUGGUGAUGGUUCUUUUGCUAAUCAAACGAUAUAUUUAACCGACUCCGGCCCAGAAGCUAUCGCUGUUGGUGAUUUUAACCACGAUACUCGAACGGAUAUUGCCGUUGCCAAUUUUAAUGACAACACUGUGAGUAUACUACUUCGGUAUGACCGAGGUGCUCUAAAAGAUAAAAUCACGUUUGCCACUAGCGAUGGUUCUCGUUUGCAAAGCUUUGCAGUUUUUGAUUUCAAUAAUGACAGUGUAUUGGAUAUCGUCGUUGCUAAUUAUGGCACUAACAGCAUAGGUUUCCUUCUUGGACAUCGGAAUGGUACUUUCGGAAAGCAGAUGUUGCUCUCAACAGGCUUAAAUUCUAAUCCUUACUCAGUAGCUAUCCAUGAUUUCAAUAGAGACGGCCGAGGAGAUAUAGCCGUGGUUAAUUAUGGCACUAAAAAUCUUGUUACAUUUCUGGGAAAUGAGAAUGCAACAUUUGAAAAUCAAGCAAGUUACAGUAUAGAUUUCGAUUUCUCUCCUCUGGUGAUUGGUGCUAGUAGUCUAAAUCAACAUGAACAUUCAGAAAUUUUUGUUGCAUAUGAUGGCAUUGAUCAUGUUGAUAUGUUUAUCACAUACGAUCUUGGAUCUUUCAGUCAUGAUAUUAAAUAUUCAACUGGUAUUUGGCCUAGAUCCGUAGCUCUGGGUGAUUUUAAUAAAAAUACCAAUCUGGAUGUCGUCGUUGCUAAUCAGCGGGACAAUACUAUCAGUAUCCUUCUUGGCUAUGGCGAUGGUUCUUAUGCAAAGCAAACAGAAUAUUCCACUGGUUCCUCGCCAUUCUCAGUAGCUGUUGGUGACUUUAACAACGACACUCAUCUGGAUAUCGUCGUAGCCAAUAGAGUCGGCGGCACUCUAAGUAUCCUUCUCGGAUAUGGCAAUGGUUCUUUUUCAAAUCAAACCAAGUAUUCAGCUGAAUCUGGACACUUAUUUGUAGUUGUUGGUGACUUUAACAACGACGCCCGAUUGGAUAUCGUCAUCGCUAAUGAUGAUAACACUGUAGGAGUCCUUCUUGGAUAUGGCAAUGGCUCUUUUGCAAAUCAAACGAAAUAUGCAACAGGCUAUCAAACAUGGCCCAUAGUUGUUAGUGAUUUUAACAGUGACACUCAUCUGGAUAUCGUCGUCGUUAAUUAUGGUGACAGUACUGUAAGCAUCCUUCUCGGAUAUGGCGAUGGCUCUUUUGCAAAUCAAAUGAUUUAUUCAACUGGUGCUUUGCCACAGUCUGUAGAUGUGGGUGAUUUUAACAACGACACCCAAUUGGAUAUUGUCGUUGCUAAUUCUGGGGAUAACACUGUAAGUAUCCUUCUCGGAUAUGGCGAUGGCUCUUUUGCAAAUCAAAUGAAAUAUUCAGCUGGUUCUGGCGCAAGUGCUGUCGCUGUUGAUGAUUUUAACAACGACAAAAAACUAGAUAUUGUCGUUACUAACUGGCUUGACAACACUAUGAGUAUUUUGCUUGGAUAUGGUAAUGGUGUUUUUGAGAAACAAAUGGUAUAUUUCACUGGCGCUAGUCCUUCAUCUGUAGCUGUUGGCGAUUUCAAUAAGGACACUCAAUUGGAUAUCGUUGUCGCUAAUACUAAUGAGAGAAGUGUUAGUGUAUAUCUUGGAUAUCCAAAAGAAGGUUUCUUAAAACAAAUACGACUUAUAAUUGGCAAUGGAUCUCGCCCUAAGUCGUUGGCUAUUAGCGAUUUUAACAAGGAUGGUCAAAUGGAUGUUGCAGUGGCGAAUUCAGGCACGAACAAUAUCGGUAUUUUUUUAAGAUAUAACAAUGGUUCUUUCGCAAAUCAAAUAACAUAUUCAACUUGUUCUUCACCAUGGUCAAUAGCUGUUGAUGAUUUCAACAAUGAUGCCAUACUUGAUAUAGUUGUUGCAAACCGUGAUAGUCACAAUGUUGGUGUGUUUCUGGGACAUAGUAAUGGAUCUUUUUCAAGUCAAAAAGUGUUUACAACUGGUUUUAACUCUCAACCAAACAUGGUUGCUGUGGGCGAUUUCAAUAACGACACUUUGCUGGAUAUAAUUGUUGCGAAUUUUGGUACAAACAACAUAGGUGUAUUGUUCGGUUAUGGAAAUGGCUCGUUUGCAAAUGUUACGCUUUUUUCGACUAGUUAUGGAUCUCAUCCGUUCUCAAUUUCUGUGGGUGAUUUAGACAGUGAUGGAAAGUUGGAUUUCGUCGUUGCUAAUGAAGGUGCUGAGAGUUUAAAUACUUUUUUACAAACUUGCUAA